CGCAAAUCACACGUCUUACUCCAUUGGCUGCUCAACAGCGCCCCCUCACUUCCGCUUUUAUAUUUUUGUACCUAAAGACUGCAACAUCUAUCUGAAUACACACACAAACACACAAACACACAAUCAGGGACUAUGGUGUUUAUCUUGUUUAUGGCUCUGCUCCUAUCAGAGGUUUGCUGUGAAAUGAAUCUAAACAAAUAUUGGACAUCCUGGAAAAUGGAAUUCAAUAAAAAAUACAUCAGCACAGGUGAAGAAGUGUUCAGGAGAUCUAUUUGGCAGCAUAAUGUUGUGGAAGUGAUGAGACACAAUAAGGGCCAUCACAGCUUCACUAUGGGACCCAAUCACCUGUCAGACAUGACAGAAGAAGAAAUUAAUGUUAAGCUGAAUGGUCUGAGGAUGGAAAACAUUCCCCUGGAUAAUAACGAGAACUUCCCAGUACUUAGUGACUCCCCUGUCCCUGACAACCUGGACUGGACUGAGAAGGGCCUCGUCAGCCCUGUGCAAAACCAGGGUAUGUGUGGGUCAUGCUGGGCAUUCAGUGCAGUUGGAGCUUUAGAGGCUCAGAUGAUGAAGAAGACGGGUUUUCUGGUUCCUCUGAGUGCUCAGAACCUGGUUGACUGCAGUGUAAAGGAGGGAAACCAUGGCUGUAGAGGAGGAUUCAUGACUAAAGCUUUCACUUACAUUAUACACAACAAAGGAAUCGAUUCAGAUGCCUUCUACCCUUAUCAACACAAGGAGGGGUUGUGUCGUUAUUCUCCAAAAGGCAGAGCUGCAUCCUGUUCUGGUUUCUGGAUUUUUCCUCACAUUAAUGAAUCUGUGCUGCUGAACACAGUGACUCAGAUUGGACCUGUUUCUGUUGGAAUUAACGCUCAUCUGGCCUCAUUUCACAGAUACAGGAGUGGGAUUUAUAACGAUCCCCUGUGUGACCCUCGGGCAGUGAAUCAUGCUGUUCUGGUGGUUGGAUAUGGAACCAAAGGAGGACAGGAUUACUGGCUGGUCAAAAACAGUUGGGGUACAGCGUGGGGAGAGAAGGGUUAUGUCCGUUUGGCAAGAAACAGAAAUCAAUGUGGAAUCGCUACGUUUGCUAUUUUCCCCAAAGUCUGAACUCUGAGCUGAAUUCUUCCCUUUUUUCCCUUCAUCACUCUCUAAUAAAGUUGUUUAGUUUUCAGUUUGUUCCCUGGAGAUGAGAUGGAAAAGCUGUAUCUUUUUUACAAGAGAAAUAAAACUUAUUUACAUUUAAACUUUA